AUGAUCUACUCAGAUGAUCCACUGUCCAGGCUGAUACGGAGGCGCCCCCUCGAGAGAGAUGUCAAGAGUAAGAAGGCCCUUGACGCCGCCAAGCGUCUGUACACAGAGUGCAAGGAUUCGCAUGACGCCUGCCAGUUCUCCCGCGACAGCGUCCUUCCCUCUCGCGUCCUCGACGUCGGGACGGCCGCCGAGCCCUCGCUCAAGGUCUUCGUCAACGAUACAGAGCAGCGCGGGGACUAUCUGGCGCUUAGCUACUGCUGGGGCGGUCCGCAGAAGGGCCUAUUGCGUCGCAACACGCUGGGUAAGAUGUCCAGUGACGCGGGGAUCAGGGAGAAGGACCUGCAGAAGUCGGUGAGGGACGCGGUCCAGGUGACGAGGAUGCUGGGGUUCAGGUAUCUCUGGGUCGACGCGUUCUGUAUCAUUCAGGACUGCAACAAGGAUAAAGGAAAGGAAAUCGGGAGGAUGGCCACGAUCUACAAGAACGCUGCUUUGACGAUUGCCGCUGGCACGGCGGCGAGGGCGGCUGAUGGGUUCUUGGGCGGCAAGGGCUCGUACCUACCCGAGGAAAGGGCUGUGGUGCGCACGGCGGGUGGAAGAGGGACGGUGUAUCUGAGGUCUGGCGGAUAUGAGCCGUCGCACACUCUUGACAGCCGCGGGUGGGUGCUACAGGAGUUUCUGCUCUCCUCGAGACUGCUUAUUUUCUCAGAGUAUGAGUUGCUGUGGCAGUGCAAGAAGACGGAUUUACGAGGCGUCAACGAGGGCGGCUUGGAGUACUUGCAGCUGCUGGAGGGGUUUCCGUGGACCAGUUUCAACGAAGACAAUGCGGGGUUGUUUGGGAGUAGUGACGAGGAGAAGAAGUACUUGUGGAAGACCGUGGUCGAGCAGUAUACGAGGCGUUUGUUGAGUGACCCAGAAGAUAGGUUGAACGCAUUGAGGGGUAUCACGAGGGAGUUGGAGGUGUUGUGGGAGGACAGCAACUAUUUCGGGCUGUGGAAUAGGUGGUUUGUGGAGCUGCUAGCUUGGUAUAGGCCACCAGACAUUCAUUGGCAGGAGAAGACGAAGGCUGGUGAGAAGUUGACGGAGAAGGUUCAGGAGCAGCGAUCGAUGAGUCUAGCUCCGAGCUGGUCUUGGGCCUCUUUGAAUCAGACGGUGAUGUACAAAGGUUACUUUAUCGAUGAGGAUGCCAGGCUGAAGGCGGUUGACGUGAUGGGCACCAGAGCGUCGAGGCAUGUCGCGCUCUCGUGUCGCAUCUUGAGGGACGAGGAUAUCUUUUCUGAUGAGCUUUUGGAAGAAGACGGCGAUAAUGAUGGCGAGGACAAGGGGAUCGAGGAAUGUAUUGACUUGAAGACCAUAGAUGAGGUCGGGGAAAAGGAGACUGAGUAUUUGCUAUUGGGUACAGUUAUGCUGGAAGGUGCAACGGUUGGAGUUGGUCUUAUGGUGGUUGAGGCGGGUGAUGGGUUCUACAAGCGAGUUGGGCUGGUGAGGUUCAUGGAUAUGGAGGUUUGGAAAGUACACAGAGUGACCAGCGUCUCGGCGCUCCUGUCCGCGGCCGCCGAACAGACGGACGGCUUCGGGAACGGAGGGAUGGAGCAUGCGGCGGCGUCCGAGAAAGAAGGAACCGGCCGUCGCCGGUGGGAGAUGUAA